AUGGAAAGACAAGUUGACAGCCCAACAACUGAGUCGAAAGAUGGCUGCAGACUGGUCUUAUUGCGGUCCGAAAACGCAGUCGGCCGCAUGACGCUCUACGUCCGCAUCCGCCUACCCGUGACCGCCCCCAGCAAGACGUACUCGGCCCGGAGCAUGUGCGGGCUCGUGGACGAGCUCAGGGACGGGAGCUGCUGGCUGAACAUGGACACAAACGGCGGCGUGUUGAAGGACAUGCCCAGGACCAAAUUCGUGUAUACGACCAAGUCCAAGGACGACCUGCUCGCGAAGUCCGUGGAGGGCGUCAGUGACAUCGUCAAUGCCGACAGGAGGUCAGGGUUGACUCAAGUACGUCACCACCAACGUGAACCCGGCGGUCGUCAGCAUCACGCCGUCGUGCAUGUUCACGUUGACCGAGCUGUACCUCAACAACACCGUCGGCACGUAGACGAUGAUGAUCAUGACCGCGGACAAACCCACGUCCACUACCAGACCCAGCACGCUGAUCACGCAUAUGAUCCCGCUCCUAAAGAUGAGCAAGCGGCUGAGCAAGGCCUGCGUCAUCUGCAAGGGUACGACGCCGAUACUGGCUGCGUUCGGAACAUGAUCACAACCCAGCCCGAGUGCGACAGCCACUACAAGGAUGCCAUCAACUACAUAACCCACGCAGUGAGGGUCUCGUACCUGGGCGUGACCGAGGUGAGAAACAAGAUUGGACACGGCGUCAUCUUCCUGGACGGCGACGUCUCAGCACCGGCGUCACCAACGUCAUCAACGUCAUCAACGUCACCAAGACCGAUGAGCCGUCUGGAACCUGUUCAAGAGCCAGAACAGCCCCAUGGCGGCGGACGUCAUGAGCAGGCCGGUGGUGUACGUGAGGAUCACGCUUGA